AACCACCUCCUCAUCCGCCGGUGCUGCGGUUCCUCUCCCCCGCGCCACUGCCUCGCCGCCUGGAGUGACCCCCGUCUCGUAAACCCCGGGCCUCCGCCCCCCGCCGCCGACCCGCCGGAGGAGGCCGCCGCUGCCAACACCGUUAUGCCAUGGCCGUCAUUCUUUCCUCAGCAGCGCCAACGCCACUGAGUCCUCCCGCGCGCCCGCGGAGGCAGCAGCAGCAGCCGAGGGCCACCAGCGGCCUCCGCGGUGGCCUCGCUCGCCUCUCCGGCGCGCUCGUCCUCUCCCACGCCGGCGCCGCGCUCGCCGUGCCACUCUCCUACGAGGAGGCGCUGCGCCUCUCGUCCGACUCCGGCGGGGACGGGGGCGAGUUCGCGCUCACGCUCCCGGACCUCGGCCUCGACGGGCUCGUCGACUUCGUCACCGAGAACCCUAUCGUCAUUGCCGCGAGCGUAGCUGCCGUUGCGCUGCCGCUGCUCCUCGGGCAGCUGCUGGGGGGCGGCGGCGGGGGGUCCAAGUCCUACGCCGUCGUGUCCGCGAGGACGGCGUACCAGCGGCUGCUCGAGGAGCCCGGCGUGCAGCUCGUCGACAUCAGGGCGCUCAAGGACGCGCGGGAGGCCGGCGCGCCGGACCUCAGGGAGGCCAAGAAGAAGGCGGCCGCCGUGCCGUACAACGGGGAGGACAAGAACGGAUUCUUGAAGAAGCUGGCGCUGCGGUUCAAGGACCCGGAGAACACCACGUUGAUCAUCAUUGACAAAUUUGAUGGGAACUCCGAACUAGUUGCUGAACUUGUCACAACCAAUGGUUACAAAGCUGCUUUCGCAGUGAAGGAUGGUGCAGAAGGAAGUCGGGGAUGGAAGAGCAGUAAUCUUCCCUGGAAGGAGCCUGCAAAAGGAUUCAGUUUGGACUUGGGCGAGCUAUUUGGGGAUGGUUCAGAUGGCUUACCUCUGACAAUUGGUUUUGCUGCAGCUACUGGUUUGGGAGUACUUGCCUACACAGAGAUUGAGACUUUGCUACAGUUUUUGGGUUCGGCUGCUAUUGUUCAGCUAGUGGCAACCAAGCUCUUGUAUGCCGAGGAUCGACAAAAGACCCUUAAACAGAUUGAUGAGUUCUUUAACAAGAAGGUUGCUCCGAAGGAUCUUGUUGAUGAAAUAAAGGAAAUCGGGCAGGCUCUACUACCUUUACCUGGUGAACCUAAGAGCCAACCAGCACUAGAAACAGGGACUCCAGCUGCCGCACCAGCAGCAGAAGCCACCACGGAAUCGGCUCCUGCAACGCCCACACCUCUUUCACCUUAUACAAAUUACCCAGAUCUCAAACCACCAACACCCCCUUCAGCACCCUCUGCGGAGGCUGAAGCCGAGGUGAAGGUUGAGAGCACCGCCACUGAAGCCCCGGCGUCGGUCAACUCGGCACCUCCUGCCCGCCCCAGACCUCUGUCACCAUACCCUAAUUAUCCGGAUCUCAAGCCGCCAUCCUCACCUUCGCCAUCACCACCUUAAUUAGGCAUGAGUACAAGAAACCGGGUCUAGAGGAUAUUAAAGAAAAAUUGAGCUGUUCAUACGGAGCCGGCGUCUCACCAAAGGUGUAUGUUGUACUAUGAUACUGUCUGUGUAUUUAUUGGCCACUGUGGCAUUGUUUUUUGGAGCAGUAAAUAUAUGAUGUUAAUGUCAAGUGGUCAUCGAUGUAGUGCUCUGAUUUUCUUGUCUUCUUAUUUUGGUACUUGUAAAUGUCGAAUUACUAGCCUUCCGAUGGAGAGUUCAAGCCUAUAGAGCUUGAUAUGUUUGACCUGUAAAUGUGUAUUUUUUGUCGUGGAUGGAUAAUCAGAAGUUUAAUACCUCUGUUAAAAAUUGUAGUGAUCAAGAGGGUGAAACUUUGAAAAAAGUAGAACCUUUGGUG